ACCAAACCUCUAUAAAAGAGGUCAGAAGCUAACUGCCCUUUUAUUUCUCUUUAUUGUCUCUCACACUUUCUUGCUCCUAUUAGCUAUCACUCUCAACUCUCAUCAUCGGUUUUAGCAGAAACCUUUGGUCGGAAACACAUAUUUGAAGGCUCAAAAUGAUGGGUUUAAGUUUAAGGUUUUAUCUCCUUCUCCAAACCCUCAUCUUCUCCUACACAUUAGUCGCCGGAGCAAAACACCCGCGCCACGUGUCAUCCUCGUCGUCGGCGGGGGAUCUGGUCCGCAAAUCCUGCGUGAACGCCAGCUUUCCGGGCAUCUGCUACCGGACCCUGUCGGAGUACGCCGGCGCCGGCGCCAUGAGGACGCCGCGCGACCUGGCGCAGGCGGCGCUCGGCGUCAGCCUCCACCGAGCCGGAAAAGCGUCGCUACUCCUCCGGCGGCUGAAGGCCCGGAGCCGCCGGGAAAAGGCGGCGGUGAGCGACUGCCUGGAGCAAAUGGGGGACACGGUGGACGAGCUCAGCCGGAGCGUGGCGGAGCUGAAACACCUCCGGCGAGGGAUCGCGUUCCAGUGGCAGAUGAGCAACGUGGAGACGUGGGUCAGCGCGGCGUUGACCAACGAGGACACGUGCCUCGACGGGUUUAAGGAAGUUGAAGUGACCGUACGGUCGGACGUUAACCGCCGAAUUCGUAACGUCGCUAGGGUUACCAGUAACGCCCUUUACCUUAUCAACCAACUUGACACCUCCAGACACAAAUAAAAUUUCCAUUAAUCAAUUAAUUUUUAUUUUACUAAGCUAUUAUUAGUAAUAAAAUAUAUAUUUUAUAUAUCUGUCUGUAAUACAUACUAUUAAUUAUAUAUGUAUGUAUGUAUAGUUUUUAUAUAUUUUUAUAUACACACACAGAGAGAUCUGAGUGUGUAAUGUUUCAGGCUUGUGUACGUACUUGUGUUUUAUGUGUCGGUGGAUUUGGGAAUUUGAGUCCCAAUCUUUUACCUUGUAGAAAAAACUCGGAAUUUGGACCGUUAUUGAAAAAUUACAUCUAAAUUUUGUUA